UUGGAGGGUUCGGGUUAUCGAUGGCAUUUGUUUAUGAAAGUAUUACGCUAGGUUCUAGGGGAGAAAUAUCAGUUCAAGUUAGGCAAUGUUCGAACUAUUGGAGGGUUCGAGUUAUCGAUGGCAUUUGUAUCUGAAAGUAUUACGCUAGGUUCUAGGGGACGCAAUAUCAGUUCAAGUUAGGCAGUGCUCGAACUAUUGGAGGGUUCGGGUUAUCGAUGGCAUUUGUUUAUGAAAGUAUUACGCUAGGUUCUAGGGGAGAAAUAUCAGUUCAAGUUAGGCAAUGUUCGAACUAUUGGAGGGUUCGAGUUAUCGAUGGCAUUUGUAUCUGAAAGUAUUACGCUAGGUUCUAGGGGACGCAAUAUCAGUUCAAGUUAGGCAAUGUUCGAACUAUCGGAGGGUUCGAGUUAACGAUGGCAUUUGUUUAUGAAAGUAUUACGCUAGGUUCUAGGGGAGAAAUAUCAGUUCAAGUUAGGCAAUGUUCGAACUAUCGGAGGGUUCGAGUUAUCGAUGGCAUUUGUAUCUGAAAGUAUUACGCUAGGUUCUAGGGGACGCAAUAUCAGUUCAAGUUAGGCAAUGUUCGGGUUAUCGGGAGCUCGAGUUAUCGAGUGUUUCCUGUCUUUUCAGAACUAAACUUACAUAAGCAACUUUCAAAGUAUGAUGCAUGUCACUUCCGGUUUUGUCAGAACUUCGCAUGCCAAAAAAAUCUUGAAUUUGCUUCUGGAGAUCAACCAACAAUGAAUAUAAUCCAAAAUGAAAUGCGAUAUGAAGAAAUUGAUAUUUAAAGCUAUUGUAGCAUUAUCUUCAAUCGUUGCCUUGGUCUAACACAGAUGCUUGUGGGUUUCUGUUGGCAAAUAUUUUUCAGGGCUGGCCUAUUAAGAAAUUUUUUUUCAAACAUGAAUAGUAAGGAUGUAGGGCCCAAAGGAAGCUUUACCAGAAAGAAGCUUUUCCAAUGCUUGCUAUGUGCAUCGGCAUUUCUUGUCCAAUUCACAGCGUUUGGAUUUUACCGUGGAUUCGGAUCCAUCUACGUGUCGAUGCAAGAAAAGUUUACAGAAAGUAACGCACUGAUAGCUUGGACCGGCUCCUUGUCAAUAGCUAUGACUUUCCUAUUGACGCCGAUUACCUUCAGAGUCUUCGACCUGGUUGGAUAUAGACUCUCACUGCUUCUUGGAGGAACAUUAAUUGGCCUUUCACUCGUGGCGACAUCAUUUGCAUCCAGUAUUUUCGAAACCUAUUUCACACUUGGGCUUAUGUUUGCGAUAGGACAAAGUUUAUGUUAUUUUGCUCCAUUGCUGAUUUUGCCCCACUAUUUCAAAAGGAAAUUAUCACUGGCCCAUGGAAUAGUGCUUUGCGGAAGCAGCCUCGGAGGACUCGCUCAGGCUCCCGGUCUCGGUUUCAUCUUGCAAAAGUAUGGAUUCAGCAGUGGAAUGCGGCUGUCGAGCGUGACUGCACUGCUUAUAAUAGCAGUCUCUGUGUUAUUUAAGCUGCCUGAGGAGAGUUUUGGGCCUAAUUCUUUGAAGUGCAGGAAGGAGAGAAAGAGAGAAAUAACGAUCAAGACAGAAAUGGAGGAAAUACCUUUACUAAGAAAUUAUGCUUACAUCAUCUUCGUUUUUGCAAUUAUGUUGGUCAGUUUUGGAGUUUUCAUACCAUUUGUGCAUUUGGUACGCCUAGCGAUGGACACAGGAAUAUCAUACUCAAUGGCGGUAUUUCUACCAGGCAUUACCUCUAUUGCUCAAGCAGUUGGUAAUGUAGGCUUCGGCAAGCUUGCCUCUCUCCCGAAUUACAGCAAGAUCUCUCUCUGCAAAUGGGCCACCAUCGUUAUAGGCAUAGUGACAACAUUUGUUCCAAUAUUUACCUCCUUUAUUGGCCUUGCUGCUUAUUCCUUUCUUUUUGGUAUUGCUGAUGGCAGUAUUGCCACAUCUACCAUGCUCAUCAUUAGAGAUUUGAUAACAAAAGAGCAAUUCAAUAGAGGAUACAGUGCAUAUCUUAUCUGCAACUGCAUCGCUAUCCUUGCUGGACCACCGUUUGCAGGCAUGUUCAACCUGUUAUUUGCCUUAAAGAAUCAGGCAUAAUUCGUUUAAAAGUAUAUGUUAAAUUAUUAUCUAUGUACCCAAGUAUAGAGUAAUUUUUUGGAUUAGCUUUAAAAACACAGUAGAAAUAAGUGAAUGAUAUUUAUUGAGUGAUAGGACGAAAGAAAAAUACUGCUUUUAGGAGAAAACUGUUUCAGAAAUUAAGAUUUUAUUUGUUUUUAGGCUGUGUAAAACAGAAAAUUUAAUGUCACAAUUCCAAUCCUCACACUUAAUCCGACUCUUUCUCUGCAUGUCUCCGUGUGUGUAAUUAUAUAAAUUCGUUUUUAUAUAAAUUCAUUUCAGGAUAUUUGUACACGGUUUCAGGAACUUACUCCCUUGUAUUCUUUAUUUCUGGUGGCUUGGCUGCUGUAGGAGGUUUCUUGAUGUUUGCAGUGCAAUAUUUCCAUCCGAAAAAUGAAAGGACUUUUUUUUCCAAUUUAUUGACAAAUGGCUGCAAUACCCAGA